AUGAAGCGCGACACGCUUGUAAGGGCGUCACGCACAAGGUCAGGGUCAGCUUCGCCCUGUCCCUGGUCCACCGGCAAAGGGAGCUGCUUUAACCUCGACGUCCUGAGCGACUCGGACCGGGGUACUGACGACGGUCGCUCCUAUAGCUCGGACAGCUCAUCAAGCGAUGAGGGCGACGGCGCCCAGGAGGACAGCGACAAGGAGGUGACCGAGGAGGAGGACAGCGACGUGGAGGAGGUCGACGAGGAGGAUUCGAGCGGCGGUAGCAUGUCGCGGAAGUCCGGGGCAAGGAAGGGGGCGACACGUACUUCCGCCGGUAGGCCUGCAGCCGCAUCCGCGAGGAAAGCGAGCAAGCAUCCCGGCGCGGCCGCAGACAUCUUGAAUCUCGCGGAGGAUGGCCCUGCAGGGCGCCCUGCUCAGGGAAGCUCUUCUAAGAGCGCCGCAGCAGCAAACAAACAUCCCACCUCAAAGCGCGCUGGAGCAGCCGGUGCGCCAGUGGAUCUGGCUUCAGACAACAGCAAGAAGAAAGAGGGCAGCGCCGACGGGGGAAAGGGCAAGAAAGGCAAGGCCGACGGGGGCAAGGGCAAGAAAGGCAAGGGCGACGGGAGCAAGGCCAAGAAAGGCAAGGGCAAAGCGGCCAAGGACAAGGGGGACAAGGGGCAAAUGCAUGCACGGCUGACCGAGAGCCGUGAGGAUAAAGCAACGCUAGAUGCAAUAGCGAAGCGGACUUCGCGCGAGGCCGAGGAGGAGAGGCAGACGGCCUACAAAGCGUCUCUCGAGGCGGAGCGGGUCAGGGGGAGCCGGGCAAAGGCUCUCGAGGCCCGGGCCCACAAAGGGAUCGAGCCACAUUUCCAAGACGCGUACGGCGAAGAAAUGUUCACCAACCAACGCCAAGGAAUGGUUGACCCCGUCGUCGACUGUCACCGCGACGUUCUCCAAAACGAUGUCCCCCCCACGGCCUCUUCCCCGUCGACAGGAGCCUUUCCUGGAAAAGUGGUCGUCCUGGCUGGAGAUACGAGACAACUGCCACCCGUCGUACCAAAUGGAGGCGAAGCCGAGACCACCGCGGCAUCCGUGCUGUCGAGCGCAUACUACCGCGACAACGUGGAAAUAUUUCAUCUCAGCAAAACAAUGCGCAACAAGGACGACCCCCGAUACUCUAAAAUGGUCGAUGACAUAGGUGAUGGCGUUUCUGAUAUUGAUGAAGCCGGGUUGAUAACUAUUACUGGCGUGCGGACUGAAGAAGCUUUGGAUGUCGCCAUCGAUUUCGUUUUUCCUGAUGACGUCCUCCAAAAUCCCUCUGCUUGUGCCAAGCGCGGCAUCAUUUCUACCCACAAUGAUUCCGUCGCUCGUGUCAAUGCGGCCGUAUUGGCGAGAGUGAAUGGUGAAACGUACACCUUGCAAGGUAGAACGAUGCUCGAUCACAAGCACCUCGACCCAGACGUCGAUGAUUUCUUCCGUAUGUCUCAGUUUUUGAACCAGAUGGAGCACAGCGGCGUCCCGUCACACGACAUCAACCUCAACGUAGGGGUCGUCGUAAUGCUUUGCAGGAAUUUGUCCAUAGAUGACUGCCUCACGAAUGGCACGAAAGUUGUUGUUGUCGCGAUUCAACCCUUUACGUUAAAACUUCAGACAUUGGACCACGGUAAAAUGUUCUGGUUGCCACGUAUCGCAUUCAAUUUUGUGACGGAUCAGGGGGUAGCGGUCAAGCGCGUCCAGUUUCCCGUACGUUUGUGCUUCUGUUUGACGGUGCAUCGGGCGCAAGGACAAACGUUGGACAAAACUUGUAUUGACCUCACGCGUCACCCCUUCGCGCACGGGCAUUUGUAUGUCGGCCUGUCUCGAGUACGCAAGUCUGACGAUAUCAUCAUCCUCACUACUAGUGACAGGAUCGACGGUGAUGUCUUUGCGAAAGUUCACAACGUGGUUUUCAAGAGUUUGCUAGCGGAAGCAGAUUAG